AUGAGAGACCUUGGCGCACGCUUGCUGGACGGCGAGCCGCCACUAUUUGUGAUCUGCAUGGCGCAGGAAGGGAGAACUAGAGGCACGUUCUUCAGACAGCAUGCCGGGGAAGCUCGCUCACCUCCUUGCUGCUCACCACGCUCUAUAGCGGCGUACACGGGAUACCUUCGGACAGGAACGCAGCGACAGCCUGUCCCUACGCAAUGGACGGGAUCAGGCCGCAUCCACCCGUCUGCCAGUCCAAAGGAACAAACAGGGCGGCUAGACGUUCGACGAGCUAUGGGUCAACUAUCUGCAUCGCUUGGCCGCUCGCCGUCAACGCAGAAGAUAAUGCGGAAAUUGUGGUUGGCCAUUAAGUUCAACAUCACGUGCCGCGCUGGAAGCCCGACGGAAUUGAAGUCGGCAUUCGGAAGGUCAACUGAGCGCUGGACGACCGCCUGA